UUUGUUUUUACUUUCAUUUUUGUUUUUUAAUUUUUGGAGUAGAGAUGAAUAGAAGUGGGAAAAAAAAAAAUACUACAAACAUAGUUUAACCAAAAAGAAUUUUCUAAACCAACUUCUAUUCGAGAAAAAGAAAAGUUUGAAUAGCCGAGUUAAACAAUUAUUGCAUAUGAACUGUUACUCCAAAAACAGAAAAAUGUUAGCUUUAUUUCAAAAUUUGAAAACUUUUUGCAAGGAAUAAUCUAAUCACAAAAACCCCAUUUUUAAUUUACUAAAAAACAUAAGAAAGAUUUCAACUUUAUUCCAAGAAAAAUCUUAGUUUACAAGAAACUCCUUUGCUGAAACAGCAACCCAAGGCAGUAGAGUUAGGACAAAACCAUGGACUUCACCAAAAAAAGGUAUAACAUAAUAUUUGAUAACAAAAACAUAACAUCUAAGAAAAGAGAAAUAAAAGAGAGAGGGCAAAGAACAAAUACGUUGUUGUCUCAGUUGGUGCUCACUUAGCCGUUUUCUUGGAAGUUAUUCUUCUCUUUUUCUUUCACCAAUAAAAAUGGGCGUAUAGAAUUUUGUGUAUUACUUUCUUCAAAAUCCUACUUGUCCCCUUUGCCGUUCUCUGUUCUUCUGUUUGAUUCUUGAGGAAGAUCAUCAUCAAAAUGGGAUCUUCUUCUGGACAGAGUAGCAAUUACGAUCUGUCGUUUAAGGUUUUGUUGAUCGGCGAUUCAGGUGUCGGCAAAAGUAGUCUUCUUCUCAGCUUCAUCUCUACUAAUGCUGAUAAUCUUGCCCCUACGAUUGGUGUGGAUUUUAAGAUCAAGCUACUUAAGGUUGGUGGGAAAAGAUUGAAGCUCACAAUCUGGGAUACUGCUGGACAAGAGAGAUUCAGAACAUUAACAAGCUCUUAUUAUAGAGGUGCCCAAGGGAUCAUUCUUGUUUAUGAUGUCACGCGGAGAGAAACAUUCACAAACUUAUCCGAUGUAUGGGCUAAAGAAGUGGAACUCUACUCGACGAAUAAGGACUGUGUCAAGAUGCUUAUUGGCAAUAAAGUUGACAGAGAAUCUGAAAGGGCUGUGAGCAGAGAGGAGGGAAUUGCUCUAGCAAAGGUGCUUGGAUCCUGUUUUCUUGAAUGCAGUGCUAAAACUAGAGAGAAUGUGGAGAAAUGCUUUGAAGAGUUGGCAUUGAAGAUAAUGGAGGCUCCUAGUCUGAUUGAAGAGGGUUCCACUGUUGUAAAAAGAAACAUUCUGAAGCAGCAAGAGUUCCAGCCUGCAUCAACUACAAGUUGCUGCCUUUGAAAACUCCAGUACUCCAUCGAUACAAUACCAGGAUUCCCCUUAUCGAAAGUUCCUGUACAUGUCUCCUACUGCUCCUUGUCAUUGAGUUGUUUGUUUGCUUAAAUGACUGUAAUUGGGAGUUGAAAAAGAAAAUCAAAUACAUCCUUCCAUCCACUUGUGUAAUUUUUUAUUUCUUCCAGUUUUUUUUCCCCUUAUCUUUUGGUUUGUUUGGCAUUGUAUUGUAUCUAUCUAUACUAACAAAUUCGGCUUGUAUCAUAUGCUCAAACACAGUACUCACUCGAUA